AUGAAUAAAUAUAGCAGUAAUAGUAAUAAUAUAUAUUAAAAUUUGAUAGAUCCAACUGGAGAAUGGAGCAGAUUAAUUUAAUAGUAAAAUUCUCAAUCAGAUCAGCAAUAAUAAGUACUAAAAUAUGAAAAUUAUCAACGUAAAUUACAAUACAGGUAAAAUAAUAUAGAAUAUAUUUAAAGAUAGGAAUUACAAACUGCAAUGUAAGAAAGAAAUAAAAAGAAUUCAGAUAGUUUGGAUAAUUUUUAAUAUGCUGAUUAAAUACAAUAAAGUUUAUAAAGGCAAGAUUUUGAAUAAAUUCAGAAAUUGAAUUAAUUGAAAUAAAAGGAGGCAGAAUUUGCAAAAUAUAGUUUGGAAUAAUAAGAAAUAAAGAAAAUAUUAUAGAAACAAUAUAAUUAAAAUGAGAAAUAAUAGAUUAACGAAUAAAUGAUUAAAAAUUAAUAAAAUUUUAAGGAAGAACUUAUUGAGAAAUAAUAUAAAAAAAAUAAAAUUAUUUAUGAGUUAAAUUAAUCAUAUAAAGAUAUGGAAGAUAAGAAAAGAAUUGAAUAAAAUAAAAUUAAGUUAUUUGAGAAACAGAGUAUGUAAGAAGAAGUUAAUAAAUUAUAAUAAGAAGAAGAGUAAAGACGAAAUGUAUUAUCUAUAUUUAUACUAGUUUUUGAAUAAGUUAAAACAUAAUUAUCAUUAAAAUGAAGGAUUAUUAGAGAAAUAUAAUUAAAUCUACUAAUAAAAAGAAAGAGAGAAAUACGAAUUAGACAAUAAAAUAAUAAAGGAAGCUGCUGAAUAAAAAAGACAAUAGGAUGAAUAAAGAUUAAUUAUAGAGAGAGCUAUAAGAUAAAAGAAGAAUAAAGAAACCUAUAAUUCUAUUAUGUAAUAAAUUGAGUACAAACGAGAAUGGAAAGAAAGAGAAUAGCAAUAGAAAUCAUAAGAAUUAGAGUAUUUUGGAGUUGUAAAUGAACAUUAUAAGAGAAAAGAUUAGGAUGAUUUAUAAAGGAAGAUAGAGAAGUAAAAAUAGUAUCGAUAAGAUUUGAUAAUGUAGAUUGAAGAAUAAUAAACAAAGAAAAAAAGAGAUUAAUCUAUGAGUACUGUGGAAAUGAAAAUUAAUUAAAAUUAUUACAAUAAUGAAACAUUAAAUGUUGGAAUAGUUCCUGGAAUAUUUGUUGAUCACAAUAGACUUAAAUAACAGUAAAUCACGAUUAUAACUUAGAAAAUAUCUUGAUAGUAAUCAAACUAAAAGAUAAAAUAGUUAAUUUUAAAGAUAAAGAAAUUUAAGUGCUUAUUUUCCUUCAAAUUAGAUAUAUUGA